AAGAGACCGUCGGUCCGAAGGGAUAGGAAGUGACGUAGGUAUGGUGGAGGGGGCGCGAGGUUUCAAGAUGGCGGUGGCUGAGUGGCUGAUGGAGAGGCAGGGGUGAAGGCCAUUACGAAGCAAAAGAAACUGGAAAGCGUCCCCGCCCCGCUUCUCGCAGUACCAGGAUCCUAGCAGAAGUGUAUCUACUUUCAAAAGGGAGGAAAUUUGUGAACCUUUAUCACUGGAAAAAGUUUUUUUGUUUGUUUUGUUUUUAAUAAACAAGUAAAUCAUACAGAUUGCCAACAUGGGACGAAGAUCUACAUCAUCCACCAAGAGUGGAAAAUUUAUGAAUCCCACAGACCAGGCCCGAAAGGAAGCCCGGAAGAGAGAAUUAAAGAAGAACAAAAAACAACGCAUGAUGGUACGAGCUGCGGUUUUAAAGAUGAAAGAUCCCAAACAGAUUAUCCGGGACAUGGAGAAAUUAGAUGAAAUGGAGUUUAAUCCAGUCCAACAACCACAGUUAAAUGAGAAGGUGCUGAAAGACAAGCGUAAAAAGCUACGUGAAACCUUUGAACGUAUUCUACGACUCUAUGAAAAAGAAAAUCCAGAUAUCUACAAAGAAUUGAGAAAGCUAGAAGUAGAAUAUGAACAGAAGAGGGCACAACUUAGCCAAUAUUUUGAUGCUGUUAAGAAUGCUCAACAUGUGGAAGUUGAAAGUAUUCCUUUGCCAGAUAUGCCACAUGCUCCUUCCAACAUCUUGAUCCAGGACAUUCCACUUCCUGGUGCUCAGCCACCCUCCAUCCUUAAGAAGACCUCAGCCUACGGACCUCCAACUCGGGCAGUUUCUAUACUUCCUCUUCUUGGACAUGGUGUUCCACGUUUGCCCCCUGGCAGAAAACCUCCCGGUCCUCCGCCUGGUCCACCUCCUCCUCAAGUCUUGCAGAUGUAUGGCCGUAAAGUGGGCUUUGCCUUAGAUCUUCCUCCUCGUAGGCGAGAUGAAGAUAUGUUAUAUAGUCCUGAACUUGCUCAGCGAGGUCAUGACGAUGAUGUUUCUAGCACCAGUGAAGAUGAUGGCUAUCCUGAGGACAUGGAUCAAGAUAAGCACGAUGACAGCACUGAUGACAGCGACACUGACAGAUCAGAGGGAGAAAGUGAGGGGGAUGAGUUUGUGCACCGUGGGGAUAACGAGAGAGACAACAAUGAAGAAAAAAAGUCAGGCCUGAGUGUACGAUUUGCAGAUAUGCCUGGAAAAUCAAGGAAGAAAAAGAAGAACAUGAAGGAGCUGACUCCUCUUCAAGCCAUGAUGCUUCGAAUGGCAGGUCAGGAAAUCCCUGAGGAGGGACGGGAAGUAGAGGAAUUUUCCGAAGAUGAUGAUGAUGACGAUUCCGAUGAUUCUGAGGCAGAGAAGCAGUCACAGAAACAGCAUAAAGAGGAGUCUCUCUCUGAUGGCACGCCGCCUGGCUCGUCACAGCAGCAGGCUCCUCCACAGCCUCUUCCUCCUUCUCAGAUACAGGCACCACCCAUGCCAGGACCACCUCCUCUUGGACCACCGCCUGCCCCGCCUUUACGGCCACCUGGACCACCUACAGGCCUUCCUCCUGGACCACCCCCAGGAGCUCCUCCAUUCCUGAGACCACCUGGAAUGCCAGGACUCCGAGGGCCCUUACCCCGGCUUUUACCUCCAGGACCACCCCCUGGCCGACCCCCUGGCCCACCUCCAGGCCCACCUCCAGGUCUGCCUCCUGGCCCUCCUCCUCGGGGACCUCCACCAAGGCUACCUCCCCCUGCACCUCCAGGUAUCCCUCCACCUCGUCCCGGCAUGAUGCGCCCACCUUUGGUGCCUCCACUUGGACCUGCCCCACCUGGGCUUUUCCCACCAGCUCCCUUGCCAAACCCUGGGGUUUUAAGUGCCCCACCCAACUUGAUUCAGCGACCCAAGGCGGAUGAUACAAGCGCAGCCACCAUUGAGAAGAAAGCCACAGCAACCAUCAGUGCCAAGCCACAGAUCACUAAUCCCAAAGCGGAGAUUACUCGAUUUGUGCCAACUGCACUGAGAGUUCGUCGGGAGAACAAAGGGGCAACUGCCACCCCUCAGAGAAAGCCAGAGGAUGAUUCUGCUGUGCCUCUUGCCAAAGCAGCCCCCAAAUCUGGCCCUUCUGUCCCGCUUUCAGUACAAACUAAGGACGAUGUGUAUGAAGCUUUCAUGAAAGAAAUGGAAGGGCUGCUGUGACAGGUUUUGAUGCCAGCACAGUUCACAUCAGUGGUUUUGACUCUUCUUGUAUGCUGUGGGCACUGGAGUAGAAAUUUCUGAGAAAGCAGUUUAUUUCACCCCAUCUUUGCUUUUGUGUUUGAGUUAUUUUUAAUAUUUUCUUGUAAAUAUUUUGUAAUAUUUCACUUGUGGUGAAAUGGAUCACAAUGUCAUUUCCUAUUACAAAGCAGGAUUGUGGGAAGAAAAUGUACGAUUCUUUGAUGGAAAUUAUUUCCCACUGACCUCAACUUUGAGUGUUUCAUGGAAAAAAAUAAAUAAAUGUUCCACAAGAUAUUCUCUGUUACUGAUAGUGUAUAAUGUCUUUCUGUUUUAUGGGCAGAAAAGAAGCUACACACACUCAGCUUUUAAGGAACUAUCUGGUACAGAGUGAGAAUUUAAUGAAAAUGUGAUAAAGACUAAGUUUUUAAAUUUUAAGGAAUAAAGAGAAAUAAUUAUUUUUCUUUAAGAUUAUCAUAUUGGCCUUAAAGAAAUUGAGAGGUGUCACAAAUAUUUUGGUUCAUCUUUUAUUACAUGGAAGGUAGUGGGUCUUAGUCAUAAAGAUUAUUUACUUCUUCCAGAGCUUUGUGAAUUUGAUACUAAGUAAAUAACAAGCGCUUUUAAACCAGAAAUUAGAGAAUGAGAAAAGGUUUUUUUUUUUCUUUUUUGAAUGUUUAACACAACUAAUUUCCAUUUAUGUCAUUUUCUUUACAAAGUGCUUUAAUAACUACCCAAGUAAUCCUGAGAGGUAAUUUUCCACUGGUAUUUUCCUCCAUUUUACAGAUAAAAGCAUGGAAUAUUGUAGGGCUCACGGUUUAUCCAGUGGCGCAAAGUGUGUAUUUCAUACACAUGUAUGCACAUGCAUACAUACGUGUAUGUAUUUGUUUAGACAAGGCACACAUAUUCUUUCUUAAGACUGCAUCUUAAAUGCCUUUACCAUAUAAAUCCCAUACCAUUAAAAACUGGUAAGCAGUAUCCUAAAAGUAGCACAAUAAUUAAUUUCUCUGUAGCCUGUUUCUUUAAUGUAUUUUAGAUUUUUAGUCUGAUGUUUUGUGUGUGUGUGGCUUUCUUUGGAAGUUAUUUAUUCUUUCAGAUUAAAGCAAAUCCUGCCAGUGAGUUUACAGGCCAUUUAAAUCAGCAGGUUAAUUCUUUGUUUAGAUGUAAGAAUGGAGUAUAAUUAAUUAUAUCAUCCAAUAUUUUCAUUAUAGUUUCACCACAGUUAAAUACAAUUAUUCUCCAGUACUUGCUCUGUAGUAUUUUUACUGUUUUUGCUUCAAGUUGAUAUUCUAUCUGGGGUAAAUGUCUGUUUGAUGUUAAUGUAGGGAAGCUGUUAACCAUUUAUCAGAGAGAUUUCCUAAUAUUGCUAGUUUUAUUUUCUGGAAAUGCUUUCAGUGGCGAAACCUGACACAUUUGAUACAUCAGCUCUAUCUGCAAGAAAAGAGAAUCAGUAAUUCUGAUUCUGAGUAGGCAUGUGUUAUAAUUUUUACUUCAUGGCUACAUAAAAAUACUUGCUCUAAUUUGAUCACUGCUAUGAAAUGUAAAAAUCAUUUUGAACUUCCUUUUACUCUCUUGCUGAGCUUUAAGUCACUACAAAAUGUGAAUAAAGGAUCGUUAACAGUAA